AGUAUAUAAAGACAGUGUUGAAGAGAUAUUGAGAGAUUAUUAUUUAGUCAAAAACAGCAGAGCAAAAGCUGAAAUUGGAAAUUGGAAAAAGGGAAAAAGAGAAAUGGCACAAGAAGAAGUUCCAAAAGAGAGAUAUCUUGAUCAGACAGCAACAUGGGCAGUUGCUGGUGUCUGUGCCGUUAUUAUUAUCCUCUCUAUUAUCUUGGAGAAGGUCCUCCACAAAGUUGGAACUUGGUUAACAGAGAGGCAUAAGAAAGCUCUUUACGAGGCACUGGAAAAGGUUAAAGCAGAGUUGAUGGUACUGGGAUUCAUAUCACUACUACUAGUGUUCAGUCAGUAUUACAUUGCUGAAAUAUGCAUACCUCUCAAAAUAGCCGACACUAUGUUGCCCUGCCCUGCUAAAAUCAAAGACGAUGCUAAGGGAACUGAUAAUCGUCGUAGACUUUUGUCUUAUGAACGCCGUUUUUUGGCUGGCCAAAAGAAGAUCCUUCUUGGUAGACUUAAGAUUCGUGGAUGGAAACAAUGGGAGCAGGAGACUUUGUCACACGACUAUGAGUUUACAAAUGAUCCUUCAAGAUUCAGGCUUACUCACGAGACAUCUUUUGUGAGGGCCCACACUAGUUUCUGGACACGCAUUCCGUUGUUCUUUUACAUUGGAUGCUUUUUUCGACAAUUUUUUAGGUCCGUCAGCAGAUCUGAUUAUUUGACCCUGCGCAAUGGUUUCAUUGCUGUUCAUUUGGCCCCGGGAAGCAAGUUUAACUUCCAACAAUACAUCAAAAGAUCACUAGAAGACGACUAUAAGACUGUUGUGGGAAUAAGCCCACUUCUUUGGGCAUCAUUUGUGGUGUUCUUGCUCAUAAAUGUUGACGGGUGGAAAGCGCUGUUUUGGGCAUCCCUUAUUCCUUUAAUUAUAAUAUUAGCUUUCCAAGUAACAUAUUUCCUGUGGAUUUGGUAUGAAUAUGGUGUUAAAUCUUGUUUCCACAACGACUUUGGACUUACAAUUGCAAAAAUUGGUUUAGGGGUGGCAGUCCUAUUCUUAUGCAGCUACAUUACGCUACCGCUGUAUGCUCUAAUUGCUCAGAUGGGUUCGAAUAUGAAGAAAUCAAUAUUUGACGAACAAACGUCAAAGGCACUAAAGAAGUGGCACAUGGCUGUGAAGAAGAAGAAGCACGGAGGAAAGUCACCGACACGAGUUCUGGGUGGUAAUGCAAGUCCGACAUCUUCUUCAAUGGCGGGUUCUCCUUUCCACCCGGCAUCUGCGACAACGAAUGCAACACUUCACCGCUUUAAAACAACGGGUCACUCUUCACGCUCACAUGACGAACACGAUGGAUCCGAUAUCGAAGAUCCAUCGACACCUACACCACCCACUGCCAGCUUAAUUUUAAGAGCCAGUAACGAUGAUGAUUUAGCAGCACACGGCGGACAAGAAAUUAGAAACGAAGAUGACUUCUCCUUUGUUAAGCCCGGCCCGAACAACAAGUGAGGGCGAAGCUCUCAUCACUCAAAAUUAAACCGUUU